AGCUAGUCCCCCCCAAAACUCGCCCGAUACAUUGCGAUGUGUUGAAUCGAGAUACAAAAAAACAAGCCGCCGCUUCGCGUUGCGCGUCAUGCGAGUGCAUUCAAACAGGAGUCGGUGUUACUCGGGCGUUUUUUUUACAGUUGCAUCGGUAAUAACAGCAGCACACUGACUGAAGACAGCAGCGUCUCACGACUCCGAGCGGAGGAAUAUCAACAGCGCGUGUUGCGCGUUUGUUUUCAGCGCUUUUUUAAACCACCGAGUCGUAAACACGCCAAACUUUAGCGACCGCGAAGGAGAUACAUUCACUUCUUUUGGGUUGACUGAUUCACUGGUUUAUUGAGUGUUUUAGUCUCUGGUUGACUUAAAUACCCAGUCGUUGUGGACGGGGGGCGUCAUUUGUAGUAAACGGCAAGGUCAGCCCAGCUGGACCAAACUUGCCUGUGGCCUGUGACGAGAGGAAGUGUGGAAAUCGACUCGAUGCUAAUUCUCUCAUACUUGGACUCAGUUCUCCCAAACAAACGGACAUCAACUGAAAGUUUCCCCUCAGGGAUGAGAACUGGUAUGGCUGUUGCUCAUAGUGCAGCAGGAGUACUCUGAAACAAAGGCGAAAGCGGUAUUAAGUCAUGAUGCAGGAGUCGGCCAAUGAGACAAUAAGCAACAGUUCAAUGAGUCAAAAUGGAAUGAGCAGCCUAAGCAGCCAAUUAGAUGCUGGCAGUAGAGAUGGAAGAUCAAGUGGGGAGACGAGCAGUGAAGUAAGCGCAGUCGAGCUGCUGCAUCUGCAACAACAGCAGGCCCUACAAGCAGCAAGGCAAUUACUUCUACAGCAACCAGGCAGUGGCCUGAAAUCUCCAAAGAACAACGACAAACAGCGUCCGUUGCAGGUGCCAGUGUCUGUGGCAAUGAUGAGUCCACAGGUGAUCACACCCCAACAGAUGCAGCAAAUCCUUCAACAGCAGGUCCUGUCCCCCCAACAACUCCAAGCCCUCCUACAACAACAACAAGCAGUCAUGCUUCAGCAGCAACACCUGCAAGAGUUUUAUAAGAAACAACAGGAACAACUCCAUCUACAGCUUUUGCAGCAACAGCAUCCAGGAAAACAAGCGAAAGAGCAACAGCAGCAGCAGCAGCAGUUGGCGGCACAGCAGCUGGUCUUUCAGCAGCAGCUCUUGCAAAUGCAGCAACUGCAGCAGCAGCAGCACCUGCUCAACAUGCAGAGGCAGGGCCUCCUCUCUCUGCCCCCUGGCCCAGGACAGCCCACCCUCCCCGGACAGACUCUGCAGCCAGCUGGUCUGAGCCCUGCCGAACUCCAGCAACUUUGGAAAGACGUCACUGGUAGCCACGCCAUGGAGGACAAUGGGCUAAAACAUAGCGGCCUGGACCUGAGCACCACCAACAACUCGUCCACUACCUCCACCAGCAACCCCAAAGCUUCUCCGCCUAUCACCCAUCAUGGUAUCUCCAACGGCCAGUCCCCGGUCCUCAACCACCGGAGAGAGAGUUCGCUGCAUGAAGAGACCGCAGCAGCGCAGUCCCUCUAUGGUCACGGAGUGUGCAAGUGGCCAGGAUGUGAAAGUGUUUGUGACGACUUCGGACAGUUUUUGAAGCACCUUAACAGUGAACACGCUCUGGACGAUAGGAGUACUGCCCAGUGCCGAGUACAGAUGCAGGUGGUACAACAGCUAGAGAUACAGCUUUCUAAAGAGCGUGAGCGUCUUCAGGCAAUGAUGGCACACUUGCACAUGAGGCCCUCAGAGCCCAAACCAUCACCAAAACCGCUGAAUCUCGUCUCCAGUGUCACCAUGUCAAAGAACCUCCCGUCUGUCUCGCCCCCCAACUUACCUCAGACGCCCACCACGCCCACCGCACCAGUCACGCCCCUUUCCCAGAUGCCCCAGGUGCCCAGCGUUCUUAGUCCCGCCAACGUGCCCAGCAUGGGCGCCAUGCGCAGACGCCACACAGACAAAUACUCCAUGCCCUUGUCCUCAGAGAUCGCCCCAAACUACGAGUUUUACAAGAACGCCGACGUCAGGCCGCCAUUUACUUAUGCAACCCUCAUCAGGCAGGCUAUCAUGGAGGCAGGUGACAUGCAGCUAACGCUCAACGAAAUCUACAGCUGGUUCACGCGCACCUUCGCCUACUUCAGACGCAAUGCCGCCACCUGGAAGAACGCAGUGCGACACAACCUCAGCCUGCACAAAUGUUUUGUCCGGGUGGAGAACGUGAAGGGCGCAGUGUGGACCGUGGAUGAAAUGGAAUAUCAGAAACGCAGAUCUCAGAAGAUAACAGGGAGCCCAACGCUGGUCAAGAACCUGCCAUCCAGUCUGGGUUAUGGGGCGGCUCUCAAUGCAAGCUUACAGGCUGCGUUGGCGGAGACCUCUUUGCCGUUGCUGGGUAAUCCAGGCUUGAUGAAUAGCGCGUCAUGUAUGAUGGGGGCGAGUCCUCCAUGUCUGAUGAGCGGCAGCCCGACCGGCCUAUUACAGGGCACCACUCAUGAGGAUCUCAACGGCACACUAGAUCACCUGGACACUAACGGACACAGCAGUCCCGGAUACUCCCCACACACCCAGCUGCCUCCAAUUCACGUCAAGGAGGAGCCACUAAACAUGGACGACGAGGACUGUCCAAUGUCAUUGGUGACCACAGCCAAUCACAGUCCUGAGUUGGAUGAGGACCGGGAGCUUGAGGAGGGCAACCUAUCGGAGGACCUGGAAUGACUAUUUUGCCCCACCCCUCCACCAGGGCUCUGCCCCUUUCAGGCCCCGCCCCUCAACUAAUCCACAACCACCGCAAACGCAGAAAGACUGGACGCAGCAGGCGGGAGUAUUUAUUUAAGCAUGCAUCUGGAGACUGGCCCCAAGAAAAUCUAUAGCGCAGAUCUUUAGGGACCACAGAUGGACAGACAUGAGACGUCUGCUGUUUAAAAACAAACAUAAAAGGAAGAACAAAAGGACGAGAUUUUGUUUGAAUCAGCUCGGCCACCUCACACAAUGAACACAAGGCUCACGGACCGAAAAAAGACAGAAGUGAAACGGAAGCGAGUCUGUUUUGUAGAAAGCCAACAGCCACAUUAUACUGCCAAAAAAAGAAGUUUUAAGUUUGUGAAUAUCCAAGCCACAGUAGUCGUCGGUGUUAGAUUGCAAUUGCUGGUUCAAUUCAAGUUGUUGCUCUGUUAUUUUUUGCACAUGAGUAGUAUCAAAAAUUAGUGUCACUGCCUGUAUGUCGACAAAAAAUUUAAAAAGGAAAAAAAGCUGUUUUUUGUUGUUGUUGUUAAUUUUUUUUCCCCCCGUCAUUGUCGUUUUGUUCUUCCCGCGACUUAGCUUGUAUUUUUUUCGAGUCACCACCAACUGUAAAUGGCAUUUCUUAAAAUCACAUCAAUAACACAACCAAGGUAUCAAGACUGUUGCAGCCAUCCAAAAAAAGUACACAAAGUAGGUCUCGAGUCUCACUAGCUCCGUUUCUGCUGAAAACGUGAAAUGUGAUUCAGUCGCAACUGCUGCGAGCACCACGCUGAGAGGAAAAACACGAAAGAAAAGAUGCGUUUCUGCAUAUUCUUCUAGUCUCUUUACCUCCUUGUUCUAAAGCUUUGUCUACCUGCAAAGAGUCACAGGCAACAGCUAGAAACCAAAGCCAACACUAUCAACAGCCAAUAGCUUAGACAGAAGCCGCCAGACUUGGUCAGUCUUCUGUGACUUUAACUAGUACAAAGAGAAGAUUUUUUUUCCACUAACUACCUUCGAAUAACCUCUGGGAUUGUCUCCUUUAGCCCUGUACAAAGAUAAAAUGAUUUUGAUGUAAUUUGAUCGACAGAAGGAGCGCUCGCUCGGGCCUUGUGAUGUCGGUCGACCCUGAAUAAAACAGGAAGACCUCGAUUCAGCGACCGUCAUGUGGUCCGGCUUGAGCAAGAGAGCAGCUAUAAAUGGAUCAUGACCAAAAUAAUCAUUUGUGGAAGUGCAGAAAAUGUUUCUUUUGUAUUCCUUUUUUUAUUAUGAUUUGCAUAAGCCAUCUUGUCAUUGUUUUUACUAGUGAAAUGUACUGUUCAUUGUGACUGUCCAACGUGUCCUGUCUUAUAUCCGUCAGUUUCUUCAGAGCCGAAACCGAAAAUAUAGUAACCAAACUUUACGAUAUCUAGUGAAGCCAAAAAAGUCAUGAUUUCAAGUCGAUAUGAAAUGUGGCUUUGGUUAUAUUGUAAAAGCAAACAACAGAGCCAUGACAGGAAGAGGACGAAUCCUUUUCCAGCUGACGUCCAUUGAUUCAGACUCAUUGUAUAAUUCAUGGCUAUAUAGACACAGCUCGUGUUGGAUCAUGGGAAGGUUUGUGGUCAGACCAUGUAUGGUUUACAAGUAGCAACCAGUUAUUUGAGGUGAAACACUUUUAUUUGAACGUUGCUGAUGUCAUCGAGGAAAAGCGGUUGUUGCUUUAAAGUUUGUUUCUGUUUUCAAUCAAACCAAAGUUAUACAGAUUUCUGCCUCGUCUUAUACAGCGGAUGGAGAUGAAAAUAACGCAAAGCCUGUUUCCUUUUCUUCUCUCGCUUUCUUUGAUAGUUCUCUAAUGCACAAACCCCAUUUGAAACGGAUAACUGCUUUGUGUUGUAACCAAUAACGUUAAAGUUUGUCUCUGUGUGUGAGAAACAUACUGUGCAGUUGUACCCGUUUCGUGCCAAACCGAAGGGUUGGCUGCUAGUUUUAGCACACAAACACACUCACACACACACACACUAAUAAGACAGCGUAGCUGAAUCCAGGAACAAAUCCUUUGCUGGAGUCAGCAAAUUGACUUGAAGAUGACAUUCAUAAUAAUUUUAUGGCACCAAAUAUAAGGACACAGCGUCUUUGAAUAAGAAGAUACAAAAAGGGUUCUCCCACUUAUCCAAAAAAGGCUUCUACCUCUUCACAACGCGAAAAAAUGGCAGAUUGCACGAAUUGUUAGAACGCCACCGACACAUUAUUCCGCCCGAUUCACACAGGACGUCGCCAAAAGCGCUAGUUUACAUUCCCAAAGGCAGAUGUGGAAGCUUUGCAUUGAACUAGUUUGUCCUCAGACAUUUGUAGAAUGAAUAUGUAAAAAUACCUGUAAGGGGAUAUUGUGUUAUUAAAAAAAUGCAUGUCUAAAUUCAUUUGGUGGACUGGAAAUAAGAAUUAAUAAACACUUAUAAUAAAACGUCAAGAUGAUGUUGUUGAUGGACUAAGUGCAUAAAGUGUGCAUACCUCAGCUAUACUGUUUCCGGGAGGAGAUGAUGAUGAUCGACAAAAGAAACUCUCAGCCACAGAAUGCAUAUUACCUGUAGAGUUUGCAUGGGUUUUGUAAAAACAUUUUAAAAAAUGUUUAAAAUAGUUGCUUGCACAUAAUACCAGAAGAACCUCCAGAUCGGCAAUCUCCUCCAAUAGAUUUUAGGAUUGUCUGGGUUUUUUUCUGGGAUGAUUUUGUCUGUAUUUUGAUAACUGUGCAUAUUAUGUAAAAAGAUACAAAAAAAAACAAAAAAAAAAAUGUUGGUGGACCCAUGAAUUUACCAGACAUUUUUUUUCUAAGCUAAAAAGAUCAGUGUUUUUUUUUUUCUGAAUUUCCUGAAUUUUUACUGUUCUCUCAUUGCUUGCUAAGAAUAGCAAACCUGCUUUUCCUGCAUCUGCGUUGCAUAGCUGUAAGGCUUUUCCUAAUGUGUGUAUUUAUUGCUUGUACCUCUGUGCAUACGUUCUGAAGCAUUACGUCUGGCAGUUCAGUCAUGUAUCCUUUCUUAUGACUAUCAUUCUCCGGGAAUAUGAUCCCUUAUGUAUACAGUAAAUUGGGACUGUAGCAAAAAAAGAAAAAACAUGUUUAUGUAAUUGGUCAAUACCUUUUGGUUGUUUUUGUCUUUUUGUUUGGUUUCGUUUUCUUCAAAUCAAAAUUUUUGAUACUUUUCAUUACCGUGUACUGUGUCCAUAUGUUACGGAUUUCUGCGAUAGAGGUCACGAUUGAGAACUGUAUCGACCGUUAUUAUUUUCUGUAUUCAUGGCUUUUCACUGCUGAAUAAAAUAAAGGACCAAAACUAG